AUGCGCCAAGAUUGUGACUACACGAGAUGCCUGGAUGGCUUGCGCGAAUUGGAAGCUCAGCUUUUGGCUGACCCGUUUUCCGGCAAAAGCGCAGCAAUGAUUUCAGAUUAUGCCAGUUUGAUUCGAUUGCUGGUGGUUAUCGUGGCCCAACAGCACCGUGGUCUACGGCUUUCGUGGCGUAAAGGCUCUGCGUUGAAAAUAAAUAGCGAACAAGACUUUUCGCCGUCAAAAAAUGCCACCGAUCAGAUCGCAGAAGUGGUUAAAAGCAUAGACUUCGUUACUGAGCUGGAAAAGCGAUUUAAAAGAGCACAGACUCAGAGCCAAGUAGAUUUCCGUUUGCGUCUUAAGGACCUGCAGAUCGAGGCCUACGAGAAGUAUCGGCAGGAAUUGAAAGUGCACGAUGACGAUAAAAAGGACGGCGACGACGUUGACGGCGACAAAAAUGUUACUGGCGUCGCCACAACAGCAUCUGGUGAGGUUUCUAAAAACUCGAUAGCGCAACCUGAAGACAAGAAACACAGACUGCUGUCGACGAACAAAAAAAUCACCUCAUCGUUGGUCAGAACGAGCCACAUGUUGCGCAGCUCGGUGCUGCAGAGCGAAUUGAACGUAUCAGAGAUCCAGGAGCAAACUGCGUCCCUCUACAGACUCAACGAUCGGUUUGAUUCACUUUCUGGGGUGUUAAAUACCUCUUCGAAGGUCGUAAACGUCAUUCAAAACGCAUCAGGCCAGGAAAAAAGGCAAGUCUACUCCGGGCUGUCGUUUCUGGCGCUCUGCAUAAGCUGGGUAUUGUGGCGACGUGUAUUCAAGCUGCCCGUGAAAUUGAUGCUGUGGCUAUGGUUCCGGUUUUUCCGAUCGAUCUUGGCGCUAUUGGGGGCCGUUCCAAAAGUCGAGGUCGGCUUUGAGCCGGACUCUACGGCUGCGCUUCUCACAGCCACUACCACAGGUACCACGCCGACUGUAUCGCUGGCGACAGUCAGCGACGCUGUGCUUGAAACCGUGAAGAAUAUGGAGGAUCCGUCCAGCUCAUUGGUGACGAUGGUGGGAGAUGUUGUGGACGAUGCGUUUUCCAGGCUACGCGACGAACUGUGA